AUGCACAUUACCCGCACGAACACGGUGCGCCUCGUGCUAAUCCUCGCAACACGUCCGACGCGCUGCAGUGCCGGCUGUGCAAUAGACCCGGAUGCGGACGGCGUCGUCAGCAUUGAGCGUGGCGAGAUCUUUCCACGCGGUGAGGUCCAGGCCGAGGCGUUUCAAGAUUGCCAGCACUUGCGAAACGUGACCAUUCCGACCUGGGUGAGGGCCAUCGGCGCUCGAGCAUUCGCGCGUGCAGGCUGCGUGCCAUCGGAUCGCUGUCACCCGAUCGCGGUCCGAUUUGAGCACUCGGAAGCAUCGCCCAGCAACCUCGCGUCAAUCGGGCAGGGUGCAUUCCAGCAGACGGUGCUGCUGGAGCUCGCGCUCCCACCGAGCCUGGUUCACGUUGCCGCCGAGGCGUUCCAGUACGUGGCACGCCUCGACGCGGUCACCGUGCCCGGGAGCGCGGUCUCGCUCGGCAGAAGCUCCUUUCGUUGCGAUUCGUGGUCGUUCGCCGACAACAGCUAUUCCUCGUCGCUCCGCAAUGUCACCUUUGCCCUGCCGAGCGACCUGGCAGUGAUCGAAGCGAGCGCAUUUGCCGGUUGCGGCCUACAGGGGGAGGUCCGGGUCCCGUCCGGCGCCUACAUCGAGGACGGCGCCUUUGCGACAAGCGCCUUUGUCCGAACGCCCGCUCCGCCUCCGCCGCCCUCGCCGCCUCCCCCUCAACCGCCAGAGGAUGGUUUGAAGUCCAGGCUACAGACGCCGGGCGGGGCUGCAGUCCGCGCGCUCAUCUUUCUGCUUGGCCUCCUCCUCUUCCUCGUCGCGGUCUGCCGGUGCAAAGAGCUCCCGAAGCUGACCUACCCGCCGCCAUCGACAAGCUCUCAGCGCAAACCAGCGCCCGUGGCGCGCCGUCUGAGCGAUCUCAGCACGCGCAUGCGCGAGUUUGAGGCUUGGCGCCGCGAGCGAUCGUUCGCGCCCCCACCCCGUGCUCCUCAGAAGGAGAAGCGUGCGCAGCUGCCUCCUGUCGCGUCCGCGGAGGUUUCGCUCGAGGAGAAGGAGAGACAGGACUAUGCGGAGGUGUCGCUGACCAUCGGGGAGAAGGAGGAGGAGGACCGUGAGAUCCGCGAGCCUCCGCCUCCGCCGCCACCGGGCGAUGCUGGGCCAGGCGAGGGCGGCGUGGGAACGAGGCGGAGGGACAGGCGACGCGCCCGGCGAACGGAUGGCUCCUCCGAGCUGAGCCCCACGCCGGAGGAGGCGGAAGGAGAAUUAGAGGCGCAAGCCAGCGGGGGCGGCGAGGACCCGAAAUCUUCCGGCGCGCUCGAUGUGUGA